ACUGUUUAUAUUUGCCCAUCAAAGGUCCCCUUGGCCAAGCUCUGCUAAGGUGCACCGACCAUUUUAGGGAUCAAGGUUGCGGUGAGGAUUAAUAUUUAAUUAUUGGGCAUUUAUAAAUAUAUGUAUAUAUAAUUUUAAAUAUUAAACAAGAUGGAUGAAAAUUAUGAUGUAAUUGUUUUAGGUACUGGAUUGACCGAAUGUGUUCUUUCUGGUAUUUUAUCAGUUGAAGGGAAGAAAGUUUUACAUAUCGAUCGUCAAGAUUUUUAUGGGGGAGAAUCAGCUUCAUUAAAUUUAUCUCAAUUAUAUAAGAAAUUUAAACCAUCAGCUCAAAAGCCAGAAUUUUUAAAGGGAAGAGAUAGAGAUUGGUGUGUUGAUUUAAUUCCCAAAUUUUUAAUGUCAAAUGGUGAAUUAACAAAUAUUUUAGUUCAUACUGAUGUAACUCGUUAUAUUGAAUUUAAACAAAUUGGAGGUUCUUAUGUUUAUAGAAGUGGAAGAAUUGCAAAAGUUCCUGCUAAUGAAAUGGAAGCAGUUAGAUCUUCAUUAAUGGGAAUUUUUGAAAAGAGAAGAAUGAAAAGAUUUUUAGAAUUUAUUGCAAAAUAUGAUGAAGAUGAUACAACAACUCAUCAAGGGUUUAAUUUAGAUAAAAAUACAAUGGAAGAAAUUUAUGCUUAUUUUGGUUUAGAAAGUGGUACUAAAGAUUUUAUUGGUCAUGCAAUGGCUUUAUGGUCAACUGAUAAUUAUUUAAAUGAAGUUGCUCGUCCAACUUAUGAAAGAAUUAUGUUAUAUGUUCAAUCAGUUUCAAGAUAUGGUAAAUCUCCUUAUAUUUAUCCAUUAUAUGGUUUAGGUGAACUUCCUCAAGGUUUUGCUAGAUUAUCUGCUAUUUAUGGUGGAACUUAUAUGUUAGAUACUCCUAUAGAUGAAAUUCUUUAUGAUGAUGAUGGAAAAUUUUCUGGUGUUGUAACAAAAGAAGGUAAAGCUAAAGCUCCAAUUGUUAUUGCUGAUCCAACUUAUUUCCCAGAAAGAGUUAAAAAAAUUGGUUCUAAAGUUAUUAGAGCUAUGUGUAUUUUAGAUCAUCCAAUUACUGGUACCAAUGAUUUAGAUUCUGUACAAAUUAUUAUUCCUCAAAAUCAAGUUGGUCGUAAACAUGAUAUUUAUAUUGCUGUACUCUCUGAUGUUCAUUGUGUUGUUCCAAAGGGUUAUUAUUUAGCCAUUGUUUCUACAAUUAUUGAAACUGAAACUCCUCAUGUUGAAUUAGAACCUGCUUUUAAAUUAUUAGGUGAAAGAUUAGAUACAUUAAUGGGAAUAGCUGAAUUAUAUGAACCGCAAACUGAUGGAACUGAUAGUAAUAUAUUCAUUUCAAAGAGUUAUGAUGCCUCUUCUCAUUUCGAAACUACAACUGAUGAUAUUAAAGAUAUAUAUUUUAGAGUUACUGGUAAACCAUUGGUAUUACAAAAGCGUCCAACUAUUGAAGAAGAACAAGCUUUGAAUGGUCUUUAAGAUUGUUCAUUUUCAAUCUUUGAAUUGAGUAAAUAUCUAAAUCUUUAGUACAUAAUUAUCUUUCAUACCUUU